UCGGAAGCAAUAAAUGGAUUCUUCGUGUAGGACCAUAAAUUAAUGGUUGUCAUGUUAAAACUAUUUUCAAAACUGCGAUACUGCUAUCAUGGAAGUUUAUAAGAGUAGGCCAAAGCAGAUGUAUUUGCUAUCAAGAAAAAUUAAGGAAUUUAUUUUAAAAAAGAAAUCGCCGACCGAUAAGCCGGUAACCCAAAACAAACAAUCAAUGAGCAAUACUUGAGAUCGCUUAAUCCAAUAAACGAACUUCAGAUUGCACGAGUGUGAUUAGGAAUUCAACAGUAUCUAUUCGGGCCACUUACGAUCUACAUGCCUUUAGGGUUGACCGACGUUUUUAUGAAUAUUUCAUUAUGCCACUCGAAGAUGGUUAUCCUACCGGGCCUAUCUGGAGUGUUGAUUCUGCGGAUUUCGAGCGGUUGGAGGAACUGCAACCGUUAUUAUUUAUACUGAGUGUUAUCACACGUUCUUAUCGCCAUGAGAGCUACUGUAAAACUCUCGAUCCCAAUGGGUUUGAUAAGUCGGACAGGAGCACAUAUAAAACAUGGUGCGUCCGUGCGGGUGGCAUUGUGAAAGUGAAAGCCAUAUAUACACCAUGAAGUACCUGCUCAGCAUGACCUUGCUGCUGGCCAUCGGGCUGCAGCAGAUCGACGCCCACGGCAUGAUGCUGUCCCCGCCCAGCCGAUCCUCCCGUUGGCGCUACGAUGGAUCCGCCCCCCAGAACUGGAACGACAACGAGCUCUUCUGCGGCGGUUUGUACACGCAGUCCAACAAUGGAGGUCGCUGUGGAUUGUGCGGCGACAACUUCCUGGAUGCCCAGCCCCGUGCCAACGAGAUUGGAGGAAGCAUCGGUGGAGCUGGUGUGGUGACCAGGAGCUACGUGGCUGGCAAUACCAUCAACGUCGGCGUGAAGAUCACCACCAACCACUUGGGCCACUUCGAGUUCCACCUGUGCAACCUGGACGCCUUCGGUGUCGAGUCGGAGGAGUGCUUCGAGCAGAACCGCCUGCGAUUCCUCGAUGGAAACGAUAGAAAGGAUAUCGGCACCCAGAUGGCCGAAUUCGAAGUGACAGUCGUCCUGCCGGAGGGUCUCACCUGCUCUCACUGCGUCCUCCGCUGGACCUAUGUGGGCGCCAACAACUGGGGCAUCUGCGAUAGUUCCGGUAACGGAGCCUUGGGUUGUGGCCCACAGGAAACCUUCAAGAACUGCGCCGAUGUGAGCAUCUACUGGGGUCGCAACCUGGUCAAGGAAUUGGUCGGUGGCGGAGAGCCAGUGGCUCCCGUCGAGGUCGCCUGAAAAUCCAGACUGAAAUGAUACGAACUGCCAUUUAUGUCUGAAAAUGCUAA